GCAGAACGUUUUCAUGGAGAAAUGGAAUCGCACUUCAAAUGAUUUCAUUUUUUUGGGUCUGCUUCCCCAAAAUCAAACUGGCAUAUUCCUCUUGUGCCUUAUCAUCCUCAUAUUCUUUCUGGCCUCGGUGGGUAACUCGGCCAUGAUUCACCUCAUCCACGUGGAUCCUCGUCUCCACACACCGAUGUACUUUCUUCUCAGCCAGCUCUCCCUCAUGGACCUGAUGUACAUCUCCACCACCGUCCCCAAGAUGGCGCACGACUUCCUGUCCGGCCAGAAAGGCAUCUCCUUCCUGGGAUGCGGUGUGCAAAGCUUCUUCUUCCUGACCAUGGCGGGUUCUGAAGGCUUACUGCUGACCUCCAUGGCCUACGACCGUUAUGUGGCCAUCUGCCAUCCUCUGCAUUACCCCCUCCACAUGAGUAAAACGAUGUGUGUGAAGACGAUCGUAGGCUCUUGGACCCUGGGGUCCAUCAACUCCUUGGCACACACAGUCUAUGCCCUUCAUAUUCCUUACUGCAGGUCUAGAGCUAUUGACCAUUUCUUCUGCGAUGUCCCGGCCAUGCUGCUUCUUGCCUGUACAGAUACUUGGGUCUAUGAAUAUAUGGUUUUUGUAAGUACAAGCCUCUAUCUCCUUUUUCCUUUCAUUGGCAUCACUGCUUCCUAUGGCCGAGUCCUAUUUGCUGUCUAUCAUAUGCGUUCAAAGGAGGGAAGAAUAAAGGCCUUCACCACCAUAUCAACACAUUUAACUGUUGUGGUCUUUUACUAUGCACCUUUUGUCUACACCUAUCUUCGGCCCAGGAAUUUCCGCUCACCAGCUGAAGACAAGAUCCUGGCAGUUUUCUACACCAUCCUUACCCCCAUGCUCAAUCCCAUUAUCUACAGCCUGAGGAAUAAGGAAGUCCUGGGGGCUGUGAGAAGAGUGUCUGGGGUAUUCUCUUUUCUGAAAGAAUAAUCAUGGCCAUCCCUACUCCCUUUGUAUUUCCUCUUUCCAAGUUGAUUUGAACAUGCUAGAACAGGGUAGUCUAAUAGAAAUACAACAUAAUUUAAAAUUUUCUAGUAGGUACAUUUAAGCAGUCAAAUAAAUUUAAAUAAUAUAUUUAAUUCAAAAGAAUGUUAUAAUUAAUAUUAAUAUUAACAAUAUUGAUGUUAAUUACAUAGCAUACUAUUUCAAUAAAUUAUAUGCAAUAUGUUAUACUGUAUGUUUGUACCUAUAUUACUAUUACUGUGAUAAUAUUUAUACUCAUAUAUUGAUAUAGAAUUUCUUCAGGUAAUAACACAAAUUUGUUAAUGUUGCCUUUUACUCUGUUUGCAUUCUAAGUCUUCAAAGUCUUGUGUUUGUUUUAUGCUAGAGUGCAGUGCAGCUUGGACAAAGCAUAUCUCAAGUGCCUAGUCAGUGUCUACAGUGUUGGACAGCACAGCCUUAGAGCAUCCCUAAUCAGUAGUUUUCAGAAGUUAUAUAUGCGUAUGUGUGUGCAUGUAUGGUGUAUGCAAACAUAUUUUUGGUAUAUACAAUAUUGCUGAUGAACUGAAAAUUAACAAGUAAAACACUCAUGCUAAGGUAGUGUUUAUGUGUUUCUUUAUCUGUGGGCUCAUUUUUAGCAUAUGCAUAUUUAUUGCAAUUAACAUUUGGAGUCCAGUUUAUCCUAACAUCCUUUAAUAAAACUAUUCAGGGAGAGCUUAUCUGACUUACGAUUUUGCUGAUUUCAAUAAAAACACUGAGAUUAAAUAACCUGAAUAUGAAUAUAAGAAAACCCCACAUUUAUAUAUACAUACAAAUUAAUAAAAUCACUAUAUAAUAACUUUAUCAAAGUUGUACUUAAAGAAAUUAUUUACAUAAAGGCAUGGAGACAGUGACAGGGUACAGACAACAUGCAACAUAUAAAAUGGAUACUGGGAUCUCAGGCUUCAGCUUUGAUGUGUAAAAUAUAUAUAUGACUUUGCACAGGAUGAAAUCCUAUGUUACUGUAUGUUACUAAAUGGAACGUUGUGUUUAACAAAAGUUUUACUACGGUUGUGUUACUAAUUCACUUAAGUGACUUCAAGUCUAUCAAUAGUUGGAGUUAUAGAAGGGUUCUGAUUUUUGUGGAAAAAAAAUGGAAACUUAUAUUAAUAUACCCCUUUCAUUUAUUGCCCGAAUUCAAGCUCCCAAUAUCCUUUUCUAGUUUCUUACUACCUUAAGUGUUUUCAUGUCUUGAGUCCAGUUCUUCCUGAGAAUAUAGUGUACUCUUUGCCAUUCGAGUUAUUUCCCUAAACAUACAUUUGAUCUUAUCAUUCUAUAAUCUAUGGUUCCUGUUGGAUUAUCUAAAUUUUGGAACCUUAAACUCAUAUCCCCAUGCUUUUAAAGCGUGCAUUAUGUCUCCCUUUACCUGUUUCUGUCACUCACGCUCAAUACCACAGUCACUCUAGACCUCCCGCUUUUCUCUAUAGCCCUCUAUUUCCCUGCCCAUCUGAACCUUAUUACAGACCAUUUCUCACUUCUGGAAAGUUCUCCUUUAUAUAGCUCAUGACUAUCAAUCUGAAUCCCACAUAAUCAGUAAACAUAACUCAAAAUUUACAUCCCAUCUUCUCUUAUGCACAGUUGAGAUCUCUUCCCCCACACUUCUACUCCUGUUGUA